AUGACCAGCGCGACACCCAUGAAUCCCAAAAAGAUGAAGGUGAGCGAGCUGCGUGCGGCGCUGGAGUCGCGCGGGCUGAGCUCUAAUGGGCUAAAGACGGAGCUGAUUCAGCGCCUUGAGCUGGCGCUGGACGAAGAGGAAUUCGGUAGCGAGGCGCAGGAGAUGGAGGCACUCAAGGUACCGAGUCCCAAGAAAACUAAGAAGGCCGAGCCAAAGAAAAAAGAGGCGCUUGUUGCGGAGCCAGAGGCGCCCAAAAAGACGAAGCUCAAGACGCCGUCCCCUGUAAAGAAGACGGCGCCGCCAGCCACGGAGUCGACGGAGGAGGAGAAGCGUGCGACCCGUGCGGCCAAGUUUGGCAUUCCCAUGAGUCUCGAUGAUAAAAAGGCUCAACGCGCGAAGCGAUUCCACCUCCCGAGCGCAGAGGUGGAAGAGGAGAGUGCCAAGAGGCUUAAACGAGCAGAACGAUUUCACUUGGAGACGACAAAUGCGUUUGAGAAGAAGAAGGACGCGCGGGCUGAGCGUUUCGGUCUAAAUGCCGAAGAGAAGCGACGUCUGGACCGUGCCAAGCGCUUCGGCCUCGAGACCAGCGAAGUGGUGCGUUUCGAGGAGAAGCGACGAAAGCGCAUGGAGCGCUUCACAGCCGCCACAAAGUGACGUGCCACCCCAAUCCGACGGACGUGGCAAGCCUCGUAGAGCCUUACAGUCCCAACGCGCCACCUUCGGGAGAACUCCUUUAGAGGAGUUGACACCUAGUUCAAGUUUCCAGUUACGAGUCGUCAGUGCAGCCUUUGUGAGCUUAGUGGCUAGCAGCUAUACCGGUAGCUUCCUCGUAC